CGAGCUCGAGCCCCAUGAGCCGGCUCCCCCCUCAAGGCCACCUCGCGCCUCCACAGGAACGCCGCCGUCGCCGUGGCAGCUCUGGUGGACAUAGCAGCCAAGCGCCGUCCCCGGCGAUGAGUAGUCUGCAGAGACCUCCGCCUUACGACGAGCGUGACGCUGGCCGGGGUCCGCCCAUGGGUCCUCCUUCCCAAUUCAGCGGUGGCAGGGGUCUUGGGUCUGCUUCAGUCGGUCGACUUGAUCAUCGAAGCACAAGCACCAUGAGUGCAGGAGGAGCGCCCCCGCAGAUGCUAACUGGCCCCGGCGCUGCAGGUAUGCCUGGCGAACCGAUGCCGCUCAAAGACCGAGAGAGGGAAAAAGAGCGCGAGAGGGAGAGCCGGAGCGUCGAGCGUCGAGAGCGCGAGCGCGAGCGGGUCGAGAUGAUAAGGAGCCGAGAGAUCUACGAGGCCGCGGCCGAGCGCGAGGCGCAUCGCAUGUGGGAGAGAGGCCGGCGUGAGGAGGAGAAGAUGCACGAGCGAGAGAGGCGGGAGAGCCAUGACCUCGUGCCCGGCAUGCUUAGUAGCGGCGACAGGAUGUCAGAAGUGGAGAGGGAGAGGGAAUGGCUGAGGAAGAACAACAUGGUGCGUGUUCACGAGCAGCCGGUAUGGCCGCGGCUUGCACCUCCGCGCGAAGACCCGCGAGAGCGUGAAAUGUGGGAGAUGGAGCGGCAGAGGGAGAUGGAGAUGGCGAGGUUACGAGAGUUGGAAGAGAGGCGAACCAGGGAAGGAGUAGACCUGGAGAGGAUGGACCGGAUGAGCAGGCAGAUGUCACGAGGUGGGGCCGUUGGCCGGGAGCGGGAAGCAAGAGACAAGGACCGCGGGCGGGACGUCGUCAAGGAAGCCGGACGAGAGCGUAUGAAGGAACCACGAAGAGGUACGGUUGAUGAACAUGGCUGGCUACCUGAGCCUCGCGGGCCAGAAAGCUGGGGCAAGGACGCGGAGCGUGAGCGCGAAAGGCAACUACGCGAGCAAAUGCACCUCCAGCGGGAACGCGAGCUUGGCCACGAGCGUGAGCGUGAACGCGAGGAAAUGGAAGCAAUGAGCAAUCGACAUCCUGCAAGUCACUAUCAUCAUCACAUGCACCAUCAUCACCACCGACACCCUGCUCCUCCACCCGCUAUUCCUGGACAUGCGCCAGGACAUACCGUCAGUUCAAAGUCUGCAAAAACGGGAAAGCAAGCAGAACCUACCACCGAUGUGGCUGUGGGCUCAGGUAUAGGUCUGCCUGCGCCCUUUGACAAGGCGAUCACCAGUCUUCCUCCUCCGCCCAGCCAUAAGCACCCGAAGACACCCAUUGCCACUACACCCACUCCACCUAUGCACUUCCACCCGUCAAAUCAUCUGCACAUCCCACCCCACCCCCAUGCUCCGCCGCUUGGUUUCCAAGACCACCGGCCGACGUCCCCACCUUUCAAGAACGCAUUGACUGCACCGCGUCCCAAUAUCUUGAUGCAGCCCAGGUCUCCUCGCCCGCCAAUAAUGCCGACAUUGAAACCGCGGAACCUUGGCACAUUCGUGCACCCACGCCUUCCCUUCCCCUUCCUCGACUUCCCCGCGCCUCCCACUGAUCUUGUCACCAGCCCAGCACCUGUUCCCGCCGUGGAGAAGGAAACCCGUGAACUACACGCGACAAUACUCAUCCCCUCAGUAUUCAUCCCUACGGAGAAGCCCAGACGCCCGCGAAUAUGGGGUGGCGCGCUUGUUCCGUCGUUUAGCCCGCUCUUCGCGACGCCGCAGCUCAUUACACACUUGCAGUCAGGCUUGUCUUAUGGUUUCAUGCGUCCGCACCCAUACGAGAUUUACGGUAUGCGUCGCGUGUAUACAGACGACUCGGAUAUGUUCCUUUGCGCUCUGCACGCUGGCUGGAUUACCUGGAGCAUGGCGCGUAAGGCUCAUAAAGAGGGCAAGGACCUACGGUUGGAAGUGCGCCUGUCCAGAGAAUCACGAUAUCCUGGCGGGCUGGGCUCGAAGUUUAUGGGCCCCACGGACGGGAAGAAUGUUCAGAGCGGCGACGACGGGAGCACGCUGCUCAGCGCUGGGUGGGGCAAUAAUCAUGACGGCGCGGGUGUAGAGAUCAUGCGCGCUGAGUUCGUGAAGCCCGGUACAGCUCGCAAGAUGGGUUUGCGCAACCGUGUUCAGCGGAUCCUCGAGUAUUCGGAACGUGCUUCUGCACUGGGCUGCAUGUCACCCCUGCGUAAGAGGAGACGUGUAGACCCUGUUUCGGAUGAAGACCUUGAGGAAUAUACCAUGGCCCUCGCAUCAGAUGCCGAUGUAUGCGCUGCGCGGACAGUUGUGCUUGGUUACCGGAAGGGUCUGCAGAAGGUCGGCUUCAAAUACGACUCUGGCGUCGUCAAAAGCACCCUGUUCUCUGUCGACGAACGUCCUCGCAAGAAGGCUAAACUAUCCGACAGCAAUGCCCUUCAAAUGGACGUUGACUGCGAAUCGGCAACGGCCAGUGUCGAGCCUGCCCUGACCAAGAGGCCGUCCAUCAUCAUCGAGACAAUUGCAGAGACAUUCUUAAUUCAUCCGCAGGACGGUUUCUAUAGCAUCGAGGACAAGGAGAACGCCACGUCUGCUGCGGAUGACUCGUUGAAAUACACGAUCUCGCUGGUUCACAUAUCAGAGCCCCUACCAACGUCGCCGAAGGACGCAGUCGCCAGUGAGCUGGCAUCUGACAAGGCAGCCACGACGAAGUCGAGUGCCCAGCUUCAGCAUCCUCAACAGUCUGAAAUAUCCCGAGCCUCGUCGUCAGGCACCAAGGAUUCAACUGCUUCCAGACCGACUGCGACAGAGUCGAAAGAUGCUGAAGUCGCGGCGCAGGAACCCAAAGGCGGACCAAGUGAAAGCAGGCAAACUAGUGUCCCCCUAUCAUCGCCAGCUGCUAUCGCUGCGCCGAGCUCCGAACCUUCGAAGGCGACAGAAGACGAUAGUAAGGUUGGCAGCGAGGUGGCAGGCGUCCUGCAGGUCGGCGGUGUGCCGGCUAGCGACCUUUCUGCCGGGUCAAACAAGGUCGCUCCAGCGGAAACGAAAGCAAACUCGACCGAAUCGAAGCUGCCCGAAGCAAGAAUCGACGAGCCUGCGAAGGAGCAAUCGGCUGCCGUCGAAGAAGUUCCGAUGACGGAGGCUAGCGAGAUUGUUCCCCCGAGUACGGAGCCUAAGUCCGUCGUCACACUCGAAGUCCUCCAGCGCAAUGUCGGUCAGGCUGACCUACACUUCGAUGCUGAUGGUAUCAGCAUCUUGUCGAGUCAGGUCGACAACGGGAUGCGUAAAGGCUGGAAGAUAGAAGCUCGGACCUGGAGGUGGGCGACCGAGGAACUGACGGCAAUUGCUUCAUGAUACUCUUCCAGAACACCGAAUUUUCGUCCUUAUUGGUGUAUCUUUCGUAGUUUUUGCUCUGUGCUGCUUUGUGUGAAGCUCGAUCAUAGAAAGCUUACCUUGUCUUAUUAUCCGUGGCACUCACACAAUCACGAAUUGUAAUUUCGUUUUC